UACCCUACGUUUCCCAUGAGGGGGCAGCACGCCCCUGUGUUAGGAUGCGGCGUGCACAGAGAGGAAGCAAGUGCGGGGCUUGGAAGCGUUGUAAGCAGGCUCGCUCCGGUGCACGCCCCGGGGCCCUCCCUCAGGCAGGGGCUCCGGCUCAGCAGCAUCAGGAGGCGCGCGGAGGAGAGUGCGGAGGGCGUUGGAGGCUGGAGCCGGGGAGGUCUGUUCAGAGUUGUGAUCAUGGCUGUUGACUGGAUUGGUUUUUGUUAUGCGGCAGUGGUGGCUCUUGGCGGUGUUGUAGGAUAUACUCGCAAAGGAAGUAUAGUGUCUUUGGCUGCUGGUCUCUUCUUUGGUUUGGUGUCUGGUUAUGGAGCGUAUUGUGUAACACAUGACUCCAGAGAUGUGAAGAUAUCAUUUUUUUCAGCUUUUAUUCUGACCAUUGUAAUGGGAAUGAGGUUCAAGAGAUCCAAGAAACUAAUUCCGGGUGGACUAAUAGCUGGUUUAAGAACUCUUUGUACGGCUAAACCAGCUCACCGCUAAAACUAAAAAUACUGGAUGAAAUUCUGCUCUGAAUUCACUGGGGCUACCCAGAGUGCAAGUCAAGACUAAGACGGUGUUUCAAAAUGGAACCAUUGCUGGCAACUGUUAUCAGCAAACUUUGCAAGUGAGCUAGUGCAAAUGCAAGUGUAGAUAAGGUGAAACCAUGUUGAGCAUCAUUUCAACUAACUGUUGUAAACAACGGCUCCAUUUCCAGGUGCAGACGCAGCCAAAUAUUCUGUUUUAACCCAUAUAGGGUUAAAAGGUACUUAAGCGUUUCACACCACUCUUAAUUAAAUCUUCCUUGUAGCAACUCUGUGUUGGACUGUGCCUUUUACUGUAUUUAUUGAAACACUGUGAAGACUAUUUCAGUUAGAACAUGUACUUUAUGCCUGGACAUGAGCACUUUGUCUGGAAAUCAUUAAAACAUGCGAAAGAAUUCUGGUAACUUUGAAACCUAGAACACACUGGAAAAGCAAUUCAGUAUUUUUGUUUUCAAAAUCUCUCCAUCUAAUGGAUCAAAACUUAGAAGAGUGGUGUCUCCAAUCAUGUAUACCUUAAUUAUAUUCAUAUAACUCAGGGGUGGGCAAACUUUUUGGCCCGAGGGCCACAUCGGGGGUACAAAACUGUAUGGAGGGCUGGGUAGGGAAGGCUGUGCCUCCCCAAACAGCCUGGCCCCGGCCCCUUUCUUCCCCCUUCCACUUCCCACCCCCUGACUGCUCCCCUCAGAACCCCUGACCCAUCCAACGCUCCUUGUCCCCUGACAGCCCCCUCCCGGGACCCCCGCUCCUAACCGCCCCCUGAGAUCCCACCACCUAUCCAACCCGCCAAUCAAACCCCCCCUGCUCCUUGUCCCCUGACUGCCCCGACCCCUAUCCACACCCCCAUCCAACGCCCCCCCGUUCCCUGACUGCCACUUCUCCGCCCCAUCCAACCACUCCCUGUCGUCUGCCCCUUAUCCAACCCCCUCCCCGCCCCCUGACCAUGCCAGAGCAAGUCACGCCGCUGCACUGCCUGGCGGGAGCUCAGCCCCGCCGCCCAGAGCGCUGGCGGUGUGGCGAGCUGCGGGGCAGAGGGAACAGUGGGGGCGGGGCCGGGGGCUAGCCUCUCUGGCCGGGAGCUCAGGGGCCAGGCAGGAUGGUCCCGCCAGCCAUAGUUUGCCCACCUCUGAUAUAACUCCAUUCACACAGUUAUAGGUGACAGGAGAAUCAGGCCCAAAAGAUCUAGAAGAUUGCGCUUUCUAGAACCCAUAAGUCCCGAUUCUCACUAGUGUUAUAUUGGUGUAAUUUCACAGACAUCUUCCAAGGUAUGCUGGUAUACAACUGGUAAAUGCAGUGGAGAACCAGACUCCAGAAAUAUUUUAAAAGAUUUUAGGCUCCAGAUUCUUUCAUCUAUACCCAAUAGCAAAUUCAGGAAUGGGCUUUAUGCUAUUUGAUUGUUCAUACCCAAACUUUGUGUUUUUUACUUUUGUUCUGUGUUUUGAUGCAGCCUUUUGAUGAUUUUGAGAUUGGUUUUUCUGCUGCUGUAAGAGACAACAGCAACUAAGGACUGAAGUAGGAGGAUCAUUUCCCUUCAACAAGCAGACAAGCUAUUUGUACUUGAAGUAUGUCUGUCUGGUUUUUGUUUUUUUUUUUUCACUGUAAAAGUUAACAAAUACAUCUGAAAUUUAAUUCCUCAAAGUUUUUUCAUAUUUUGAAAGCUUUUUCAAUUAAACAAGAAGGUUUUUGAUAGUUUGUAUCAUUGUUUUCAUUUAAGCAAUUUAUUGGCUGGAUUUUUUUUUCCAGAGGUGCUGAGGGGGCAUAGCACCACAAAGAAAUCAGUGGAAGUUAGAAAUGUUCUGCCCCUUUGAAACUUGAGCUAUGUUUGGAUGUGUCACUAAACUAAAAAGGGGUAUAGUAUUAAACCAUAAUCUUGUAAGCUUCUAAUAUCAAGUAAUCAAUAGAAGCUCGACAUAACAUGCAAACUAAAGUCUUGUCAAUAUUGAUCAUGUAAUGCACUGUGUUUUAUCAAAAUCACUAACAGAUGAGGGUAUAUGCUUCUGCUCCAUAUUGCACUGGAAUAUAUUUUGUUUCCAAACAUGUAAAUAUCUUCUUCCACUGGAUAGAGAAUGUAUAAAUUGUUACCAGUAAUCAAAUAAAAGAUGGAACAUUUAAA